UGCCUCUCUCUCUCUCUCUCUCUGCGUUUUUGGCUGCGCUAGUUCUCCACUCCAGUGGAGAAGAGAAACCAGGACACACAAAUACAUGGUUUAUUGGUUUUCAUGAUAGUUAACUCCAGGCCUUGAAAUAGCCAGUGUUGAAAUCUUCCCGGGUUACUCAGUUGGACACUUACUCUUCUACAAGUAAGCAAGUAGGUGUCAAUGGAAAUGAGCAUUCAAAGAACCUCUACAUCUUUCUCCCCUUCAAAUCCUCAGUGGAAAUAUGAUGUCUUUCUGAGCUUUAGAGGUGAUGACACCCGCAAGACUUUCACAGACCACUUAUACACUGCAUUGGAACAUCAAGGAAUGAUAACUUUCAGGGAUGAUCCUGAACUUAAAAAAGGGAAAGCUAUUUCUCCAGAACUUUUUUCUGCAAUUAAAGAAUCAAGAUUUGCUCUCAUUAUUCUGUCACAAAAUUAUGCAUCGUCAACAUGGUGCUUGGAUGAACUUGUAAGAAUUCUUGAAUGCAUGAAAGCAAGAGAAACUGUGCUGCCAAUUUUCUAUGAUAUUGAUCCCUCUGAUGUACGAAAGCAAACAGGUAGUUUUGGAGAGGCCUUCACUCAUCACGAAGAAAGGUUUAGGGAUGACAAAGAGAAAGUGCGAAGGUGGAGAGAUGCUUUAACUGAAGUGGCAAGUUUCUCUGGGUGGAAUUCAAAGGAAUGGUAUGCAUAUACUCUGUUCCUUUUGUCUCAUCAAUCUACAGUGGUUGAUUUUUGCGCUCUUCAUUAUUUUUUUCACAAAUAAUAUAGGCAGAUAGUCAAUCUGAUAGUUUAUGAGGCUUUUUUGUCAUUACUGGAAUAUAAAACAAAUUGCAGAACUUGAUAUUUUCAUUAACUAGAUCUUCAUAUCAAUAACUUGAUACUUUUAUUCUUUUCUAUGGAAGAGGUAUGAAUCAAAGCUCAUUACAACUAUUGUUGAAGUU